UUGCUCGAUCUUGGAUUUCCUGGUCAGAUGAGAGCACGGGAAACACCUCAACAAAACGUCACUCUCACUGUCUCUCAGUUCAGAAGUCUGUUAUUAAUAUAACUCAAACGGCCAACUUAUCUCGCCGAGUAAAGGACUAAAUUCAAAUUAUCUGUGUGUUCUUCCUGUAUCCGUGUUGAAUAUGUCUGCGUCCGCUGGCGGUGCUGGAUCUCCGGGCUCGGCCCUCUCCCCCGGCCCGGCUUCGGCUCCCGGCUCCGGCAUGUCUAUGUUCCGAUGGCUGGAGGUGCUGGAGAAGGAGUUUGACAAGGCGUUUGUGGAUGUGGAUCUGUUACUGGGAGAGAUCGACCCGGAUCAGGCUGAUAUCACAUAUGAGGGCCGUCAGAAGAUGACCAGUCUCAGCUCAUGUUUUGCUCAGCUGUGUCAUAAAGCCCAAACCAUCUUCCAGCUCAACCACAAACUAGAGGCUCAGCUGGUGGACUUGCGGUCAGAGCUGACAGAUGUUCAGGCAGAGAAGGUCGUGGUGGAGAAGGAUGUUCACGAACAGCUUCUGCAACUCCACGCCAUGCAGCUCAAACUCCAAGCCAAAGGCGGCCAGGCAGUCGACUCUGACUCUAUCAAGGACAGGAUGCCUGUUCCCUCAGUGGAGGACAAGGAGAAGGAACUGGAGGCCAGUAAGAAAGAAAAAGUGAAGGAGGCCAAGUUGGAGGCAGAGGUGAAGUUGCUGAAGAAGGAGAACGAGGCCCUCCGCAGGCACAUUGCGGUACUACAGGCUGAGGUGUAUGGUGCCAGACUGGCAGCCAAGUACUUGGACAAGGAGCUGGCUGGGAGGGUGCAGCAGAUCCAGUUGCUCGGGCGAGACAUGAAAGGACCAGCUCAUGACAAACUGUGGAACCAGCUUGAAGCGGAGAUUCACCUGCACCGCCACAAAACGGUGAUCCGAGCCUGCAGGGGGCGCAAUGAUCCCAAGAAGCCCUUGCCAUCACCUGUGGGGCAUGACACAGAUUCUCUGAAGAAGACUCAAGGAGUCGGCCCUAUACGCAAAGUGGUUCUGGCCAAAGAAGAUCAUGAAGGACUUGGCAUCUCUAUUACUGGUGGGAAAGAGCAUGGAGUCCCCAUCCUCAUCUCCGAAAUCCACCCCACCCAGCCUGCAGAGCGCUGCGGAGGACUGCAUGUGGGAGAUGCCAUCUUAGCUGUCAACAACAUCAACCUGAGAGAUGCAAAGCACAAAGAGGCCGUCACUAUCCUCUCACAGCAGAGGGGGGAAAUCGAGUUUGAAGUGGUUUAUGUGGCUCCAGAAGUGGACUCUGAUGACGAGAACGUGGAGUAUGAAGAUGACAGCGGACACCGCUACCGUCUGUACCUGGACGAGCUGGAAGAGGCAUCGGGAGCCAAUCACAACAAUGGCACUGCUGACCCCGCCUCUCUACAAGCUGUAGGGAAGCACUUAGCAAACAACAGAACAGAGAACGGAGAUACCGGCUUGUCCAGCGAAAGCCCUUCAGACGACAAGACCUCCAAGACAGCAGAGUCUGCAGAGAGCUCCUCUUAGAUCUCCAGCCUACGAGAAUGAUCCUGAAGAUGAGAGAGGAGCGUCAGGCGCAGAGACGGAGAGCAGAAAGAGAUUAAGACUGCACAUGUAUAAUAUGUAACAUACGAGAUUAUUCGUUUUAUGCCGUAUGGAGAACAGACUGCUUCAACGUCCACUGGAGAUGGAUGAACCACUGAGAAACACUGAGAGAAGAGGACAUAAUGUUACUCAGUGGCCACAAAGGAUUGUUUGCAAAUAUACGUCACCAUCUUGGUCUAUAGUUGUAAAGAAACACUUGAGGGGACAAAAUGACGAUCUGCAUAGAUGACUAAAGUGAUUGGAUGGAAUUAUAUGGUAUAAGAGUU